AUGGAGGAUCCCUUCGGCCCCUCAACUUUCUCGCUGGCGCCCAACGUCUCCGUACCCGUCUUUCCCGGCUGGGGUCUCAACUUCACUUCGGAACAGGGAGCCCCGGCCCCGGGGCCGCCGCCGCCGCCUCCGCCGCCUCCCGGGCUGCUGGCGCUGCUGCUGGCGCUGCCCCCCGCCUUCGUGGUGCGCGGGGGCGCCCCCUCGCCGCCACCCGCCGCGCCCUCGGCCCCCCGCGCUUGGCCCGGGGAGCGUCGCUGCCGUGACAUCUUUGCGCCUCUGCCGCGCUGGCACCUGCAGGUCUAUGCGCUUUACGAGGCCGUCGCGGGCUUCGUGGCGCCGGUCGCGGUCAUGGGCGUAGCUUGCAGCCGCCUGCUCUGCGCCUGGUGGCAGCGCCCGCCCCAGGCCCCGCCGCCUUCAGCGCCCUGGUGGGCGAGUCCCGGCAGAGCCCCUGCGCCCAGCGCGCUGCCACGCGCUAAGGUACAGAGUCUGAAGAUGAGCCUGGCGCUGGCGCUGCUGUUCGUGAGCUGCGAGCUUCCCUACUUCGCUGCCCGGCUGGCGGCCGUGUGGUCGUCGGGACAGGUGGGAGACUGGGAGGCCGAGGAAGUGGCGGCCGCGCUGCACCUCGUGGGAGUGGCCAACAGCGCUCUCGAUCCCUUCGUUUACCUCUUCUUCCAGGCAGGCGACUGCCGGCUCCUGCGGCGGCUGCGGAGGCGCCUGGGCGCAGUCUGCUGUUCGUGGGAGGGAACAGCGGAGGACGAUGAGGGGACGGGGGGCCACCAAGCGCUUCACCGCCACCGCUGGCCCCACCCCCAUUAUCACCACGCUAGACGCGAGCAGCCAGAAGAGGGCUGCUGGCGCCCACCUCCGCCUCGCCCCCGGCCGCUGCCCUGCUCCUGCGAAAGCGCUUUCUAG